UCAGAAGGUUUCGUGAUUUUUCGCCAUAACGGUUUUGCCCACAAAAAAUAUGUAAAGAAAAUAAAAUACGUCAGUUUUCCAUGAAAAUGCGCGACCACGCCUAGUUUUUCAUUUGCAAAAAUUUUCUGACAUUUUCAAUUAAAAUUUAUUCAUUCUUUGUUUAUUAACAACGGCGCAAUAAUAUUACAUUUGUAUGUACCUUAGUAUGUGUGUAAGCAUUGUGUUGUUUUUAUUUUAUUUCAGCUAAUAAUAGUUGUUCUUGUUGCCGGUGUACUGUUUACCCGGCAAAUAUUUUUGUGCGCUACGCUGAUGCCAGCGAGGUAAAGCAUAUGCGAGGGCUCACUAGCCCUCAACUCCUAGAACUGUAAAAUUCCGGUGGUAAUUCGUGCGUAGUUCAAAACUCAGAGAGAAAGUGAGCGCACCGAAAAGUGAGUGUGUAUGAGAGAGGUCAAAAGAAAUGUACCACAUUCAAAUAUUUUUGCUGCGUCUUUAAAGGGUGCUUCUUGGUAUACGUGUCUUUGUUGUGUCCUCGCAAAGCGAAAUAGUUAUUUUGACUGGCCUUCUACCACCGACAGCACCUAGUCACAGUCGCCUACGCGCCUAACAAAUUCCUUUUUUUACCAGUAAUAUGAGAGGGUGACAUUCUAGGAAUAGAAAGCACUGCUAGUAGCAACAGCGCACAAUGUUGGCAACUAAAAUAACAAUGCUUAUGAAAUGCGAGAUAUUGGGGGCAACAUGGUGAGCUUGCACCUCACACAGGGAGCGUGCCCGCAAUAGCUCCAGUAAUAGCGGCGGUUAACACGUACUUGCGCAGCAAGGUGUGCAACGUGCAUGCGCUAUGACGAGAGCAACUCUUUUACCAAAGAGAAGUCGCAAGUCCGAGAGAAAUAUAAUAUGUUGAGAGAGUAGGCGCCGAAGUCGAUUUUCCGCAAGUGAACCACAGAGACAAUUUCAGUCGGCGGUAUGUUGGGCGCAGCGGUGUUGUCACCUUCAUUGAUGUCCAAUUGGGCGAAAACGGAAUUUCGAGGGAAAUUUUUUAGGCAUCGUACGUAUUGUUGUUGUUAGUACACAAACAUCCUUUUUCCUGUUUUUGUCGGCGCUCUGCGCUCGUCUUCUGGGUGGUUUUGUCUGCUUGUCUAACUGGACUGGCGCAAUGGUAUGCAGCAGUUAGCUCGCAGACAGUUAGUUAGUGGUAGUUGCUGCUCGCUGGCCAGCGACAUGAUUCAGAGUGAAUCACAACAUCGACGAAUGCGGACACUCUAGUUAGUUCGCGGUUGAAAAGUGGCCCGUUCGGUGCUUGAAGAAAGUCAAGCCAAUCAACCAGCAGCCCAACAAGCCACAAAGCCAGUUAGUCAGCUAGUAGCAGCCAACUAAUAAUCAAGCUGUGAAACAAUUAAGUGUAGCAAUUUCGGUGUUAGUGUAUUUGGCCAAAAGUGAUAGUGUACCAGCUGCCGCACCUUUCAUCAACACCAGCGGCUAGCUAGCAGCUUGAGGCUUUUGUGCGUCGCAGCUUUGGAAACAACAGUGUUAAAAGUUGUUCUUCGGCUUUGGUUUCAAUUUAGUGUUAAAGAAGUAAACAAAAAAUAAAUAAUAAUCAUAAUAAUGUUGUAAAUACAUAUAUGUAAAUAUAUAUGAAAACUUACUAAUAUUGAGCUAUUAGUAGUAAUCCAAAUGAAAAUGUAUCUUAACGCAAAACCCCUUAUCUAAUAGAUUAAAACGACAACAGCAAAGUUUUUAAAUUAUUUUAAUUGUAAGUCAAAAUCAGAUUUAAUAACAAAGAAAAUGAAUAAAUAACGAAGUAAAAUUAUAUUAAAAAAAUAUAAAUAAAAAUUUCAACAUCAGCAACGUUGAAAUUUCCAACAAAAAAGUUGAAAAAAAAAACAUCAACGAAGUUCAAAAUUAUUCAAAAAACAAAAAUCGCAAAACAUAUUCGAGCAAAAAUAUAUGAAAAAAGAGAAUUGCCGAUAGCACUAAAAAAAAAAAUAAACGUAAAGAAUACGAAUGACGCGUGAAACUGUUGCUGCCGCAACGUUACAAAUCGACGUACAUACAACGAUCGCUGACAACAACACAUGUGCGCGUAGAGAAACCGCAGCAGCACCAGCAACAGCAACAAUUGCACCUUUGGCAGCGAGUGUGAAGCGUGCAAAUCACCAUCGAGGACAUUUGUCGAAAUUUAAUUCGACAACGGCAACAACAACAACAAAUUGUUACAAUACAUACGACCGCGAUAGGACGCGCUCGACCACACUUUUAAAAUCAAUAACGACGAAGCGACGCGACGACGAUUUUAUUGUAUUGCAUUAAGUUUGCAAAGGAAUUUUUGCAUUGCAUCGGUUAGCGUAUACAAAUGAAAACGUCGCUUGUGAACGCGUCCAAUUUCGACUACUCCAGUCGCCCCGUGUACGAGGGCGAACAACGGCACGUACUUCAAUACGAGCAGCAACAGCUGCAACAGGACCAACUGCGGGCAGCAGAACAAGACGAGCCUCAGCAGCAACAAGAGCAGGCACUGCAACAACAACAACAACAACAACGCAAUCAUCAAACGCCGCGUACGUAUCAACAAGAAGAAGAACAACAACAACAACAAUCACAACAGACUCGACAACAGCAUCAGCGUUAUCACGACAAACAGUCCGAACCGGAGCAGCUGGAUCGACAGCAACAAGAGAAUUCUGCCGCUGCCACGUCGACAAUUGUCUACCCAUUCGUCGCAGCGCAUAUAAAGCACUCGCCGUGCGAUUUUGAGGACGCUGAACAACAACAAAAUCAACAGCAAAAACAUCUGCACAAGCGUACGGGUACAGUCAUCGCCGAAACUAUAGUAGAUAGUAGCGACGACGAUAUAAACGGUGAUAAUAAUUUGGCGCAGAGUGUAAUUUAUAUUGACGAUAGCAAUUGCGAUCAAUCGCUGGAACAGCGACAACCGCUAAAAGAGACCAACGGUGAUAACUGUGUCAUCACCAGCAGCAGCAGCAACAACAACAACAGUAAUAAUAAUACUAGUAAACUUGCCAUUAAUAACGAGAUAAGUGUAGUUACAUCGACGAAGCGUCAGCAAACGUCCACGUUACGUUAUCCCUCCUCCGUCGCGUCGAGCAAAUACCAGCAUAGUAAUCAGCAGCAGCAGCAAAGGCAGCCGUUGCAGCAGAAAAUAUCGAGCAAACGCAAGCGUGAAACAGAGUGCGAUUGCGGUUGCGUUGAUUCAUAUACUUCAUCGUCCUCAUACAACGGUUCUGGCGCCGCCGCGUCCAUUUGCUUAAGCAACAGCAACAGCGAAGCUGUCGGAGUUGGUGUUAUAAGCAGCACGACCGCAGUAGCAGCAGCAACUGCUUCAGCGCAAACGGCGAGCAGCAAUUCGGAAACGCUGGCAGCGGUGGCGACAACGACGGCGACCAACAGCCUCAAGACGGCGCACACAAAAGUCGCCACGUCUGGGGGGCACGCCAACACGCAGCCCCCCAGCAAGCGUUCGAGCAGCGGCGCCGACGGUGAUUACCAGCUGGUGCAACAUGAGGUGCUCUAUUCGCUCUCCGCCGAGUAUGAGGUCUUGGAGUUUUUGGGACGUGGCACGUUCGGCCAGGUGGUUAAAUGCUGGAAACGUGGCACGUCGGAGAUUGUGGCUAUUAAGAUCUUAAAGAAUCAUCCUUCGUAUGCACGUCAGGGACAAAUUGAAGUAUCGAUUCUAUCGCGUCUCAGUCAAGAAAAUGCCGACGAGUUCAAUUUUGUGCGUGCUUUCGAGUGUUUCCAACACAAGAACCACACGUGUUUGGUGUUUGAAAUGCUCGAACAGAAUUUGUAUGAUUUCCUUAAACAAAAUAAAUUUUCACCGCUACCUUUGAAAUAUAUACGGCCCAUUUUAGAGCAGGUUUUAACGGCGUUGCUAAAAUUAAAGCAACUUGGUUUGAUUCAUGCAGAUUUAAAGCCGGAAAAUAUAAUGUUGGUAGAUCCAGUAAGACAACCUUAUAGGGUGAAGGUUAUUGAUUUUGGCAGUGCGUCGCAUGUCAGCAAAACGGUAUGCAACACUUACUUGCAGUCCCGUUACUAUCGUGCACCUGAAAUUAUUUUGGGCUUGCCAUUUUGUGAGGCAAUUGAUAUGUGGUCGCUGGGUUGUGUGGUGGCCGAGUUGUUCCUGGGUUGGCCCUUAUAUCCGGGCUCAUCUGAAUUCGAUCAAAUAAGGUACAUAUCACAGACACAGGGUCUGCCUACGGAGCAUAUGCUGAACAGCGCCUCAAAGACAUCAAAGUUUUUCUAUCGCGAUGUCGAUUCGACGUAUCCGUUUUGGCGCUUGAAGACCACCGAGGAACACGAAGCAGAGACUAAUACGAAAAGCAAGGAGGCACGCAAAUAUAUAUUUAAUUGCUUAGACGAUAUUGGUCAGGUAAAUGUACCAACUGACUUGGAAGGCGGUCAAUUGUUGGCGGAGAAAACGGAUAGACGCGAAUUCAUUGAUCUGCUAAAGCGUAUGCUAACCAUUGAUCAAGAGCGUCGUCUUACGCCUGCCGAGGCGUUGAAUCACUCCUUUGUACGCCUCACACACCUAGUUGACUACGUAUAUUGUAAUAAUGUAAAAGCCUCGGUGCAGAUGAUGGAAGUAUGCCGACGUGGCGAUUUCCAUACCGUGCAACCAGCAUCUACAUUGGUUACCAAUUUUGUACCGAGCACUACGGAGAAUAUGACGUUUACCAUCAACAAUCAGCUGACCAGUCAAGUGCAGCGUUUGGUGCGUGAACGUCCACUAGCCUAUGAGGGUCUUUAUCAAAUUUACGGCGGCCGUAAUGUCGGUCGUCAAUACACACAGGGACGCGCCGAUGCGUUCCAACAUCAGUUAAAUAUUUUGUGUCCGUCAUCUUAUCAAACCAUGCCCAGUCCCACCAAGCAUGUGGUUGUUGGCAGCGCCACAAUGCAGCCACCAUUGCAAGUUCCUCCACAGCAGUAUGUCAAUGUGCCUGUGCCAGUGUCGAUGGUGGAACCGGCUUCCGGACAACGCAUGUUGCUUACAAAUCGUGUACAAGCCAGCGGCGUGGCUUGGCCGCAGACCGGACGACAAAUGGCUUUGGUGCCUUCGUGGCAGCAAGCGCCAGCACAUUCGCUAAUCGUCGAUUCGGCACCAUUUUUGAAUGUUGAGGAGAUUUAUCCUAAACACCAUUUGAAUAUACCCAGAAAUGAUCUCAAGAAAGAGUCGCCAGUGCAACAUUUAGUCACUAAGAGCAACUCUUAUCGUGUGCCGCGCCACGAUAAAAAGGAAAAUAAUCAGUUAUCACCGGUUAAGAAGCGUGUAAAGGAGAGUUCACCGCCACACCAGCAGCGCUACAACCGCGCCUCACAUGUUUCGCCGCAGUACCAUAGCCACCACAAUUGCAACUAUGGCAGCAACUAUAACAGCAAUGCCGGUCCAGUUAUUACUUCGGCAUCGUCUGGAAACAUUGUUAGCCAAAAUAGCAACAAUGGUGGUGGUCAUCAUCAUCACAGCAGCAAUUCGGCCAAUCAACAGCAUGUGAUCAGCAGCAGCAGCAGCAAUGGUGGUGGUGGUGGUGGUGGCGGCUAUAGCAAUAGCAAUCAUCACAUUAUCAACAACUGCAGCGGCAACAACAGUGUUGGUGGCAACUAUCACCACCAAACACAUCACACACAGCCACAUCAGCCGGCACAGCAAGCGGUGCAACAUUCGCACCAGCAUCAUGGCGCUAUUGUAAAGCAGCAGACAAUUACUAUACACGACACGCCAUCACCUUCGGCUGUCAUAACGAUUUCGGAUAGUGAGGAUGAGGGUAACGAACCACCCGCCCCAGCACCGGUCGCACCGGUAAUGAAGCAACGUGCACAUGCGCAGUCGCAAACGAACCCUGCUUUAUUGCAGCACUCGUCAUCGUCCUCGUCGUGUCGCGCCAAUGGUCACCAGCAUCAGGUGCAGUCGCAGCAACAACAACAGCCGCAACAUGUACACCAUCACCACCAUCAAACACAUCAGCAGGUGCAGCCGCAGCCGCAGCCACAACAGCAGCAGCAGCAGCAAACUCAGCCACAGCAUCAGCAUCAUACUGCUAACAUCUAUGGUGACAACGACACAGAUGAGGUGCGCCGACGCGGCAGUCAUGCACACAGCGGUGGCAACAGUCCCAGACAGCAACAGCAUCAUCAGCACCAGCAACAACAACAACAACAACAGCAGUUGCAGUCAUCCUCAUCACACCAUCAUCAUCAACAACAGCACCAACCGCCACCACAGCACCAACAACAGCCGCAGCAGCAACAACAAUAUCAGCAGCCUGCUCAGCAGCAGCAACAACAGCAACAGCCUAAUAUUAAAUACGAACCGGGGCAAUCGCAGAAAAAGCGCAUCUUGGCCAUGGCCCAGAACGAGUGCUACAACAAUGGCGGCAACAGCGCUGUUGGCUGCAGCGGCAGCUUAGGCAAUCAGACCGCUAGUUUGCCGCAUUUGCCAACCAAACAAGAGCCAGCCGAAUUCUACGAGUAUCCGCCACAGCAGGCCACAUCGGUUGUUGUAGACAACAAGCGUUCUUCAUGGGCAGCCGCCGCCACACAAGCGCCACCGGCACACCAUAAACGUGAGGUCACCUCGACCGCCUCCUCUGCCUCGGCCUAUGUACAGCAUACGCCCUCAACAGCCGCAGCUGCUCCACCAUUGGCACAUUCGAAGAGCUCAUCUUCGGCAGUCGGCGGUGCUGUGGCAGUUGGUGCAGUUUCUGGUGCCGCUGCAGGCCCGCCCUCGUGGGGUGCACCACAAGUAUACCAUCGUCAGCAGCAAACACACGCUGCUGUACAGGUGGUUGCACCAUCGGCGCAACAACAACAACCGCAACAUCAUCAGCAUCAAGCGAAUACACCAAUCGGUGGCUCGCCUGCCGCGGCCACUGCAGUGAUGCUUCAGCCAGAUAUCUAUGCGCAGGGUGAUAUAUAUCGUCGCCCAACGGUGUUUGUGUCGCAGGCGACUCCUACAUAUGCAUACAAUCGUGCCGCAGUGGCGCCACCCCCCGCACACAACAGUUCGAGCCGUCAGGUAAUACCAUCGCAUCCACUACCCGCCCAUAUACAUUUCCCCACACAGUACAGCCAAUUUGGUCCACUAAGUCCAGCACAAGUUGCCGCCAGCAAGCAUGCGCAUUACGCACCGACGAACAUAUGGUACGGUGGAGAAUAAACUGGUUUAAAACACUCGAAUCGUUUCUAACUGAUUGUGUUGGCGGCAGCAACGACAGAUUUACGAACACCAAAUGCGAUACAAAGCACUACAAACCCAAUUACAACAAUAAUAACAAUGGUAGUUUAGGCGACUUGCCGCAGCAUUUGCAAACAAGCGUCCAACUACAACAAAAACAAGAAGAUUUUAAAUUACCAGCGUGCACACGGAACGCGCUGAAUGUUGAAAAUGAAGUGGCGGCCGCAGCAGAAACCAACACAACAACAACAAUUGAGGAUAAUCAAAAUUUGUCUUUCACACGCUGGUGGUUUAUGCUGAUGCAACAGACCAUCAACUACAAUUACAGCAACAUAUUGCAACGAACGAACGCUGCAACGGCAACAACAACAACAUCGCUACCAACAGCAUUUCUAGAUGAGCUGCUUGGGAAUGUAGCGAAUAUCUUUUCAAGUGAAUAAUUGCAACUAUAAAUAUUAAUGCGUCUGCUACCACACAGGCAGCGGUAGCUGGCGCACACAACAAAUACCAAAUUGCUUUGAUUGAUAGCAAAGGUGUAUAUGUGGAAUUGUAUUUCACUAACUGUAUAUAGCGUAUGUAGAUUUAAAAAAAGCUGAUGAUACAACAAAAACUUACUGAAAUAUUGCCGAUGAAAUUACUUUUCACAUACAUAAAUAUGGCGUACGCAGCGGAGUCUCUCAACUACAUGAUUAACACAUGUAAUUAGACAGUUACUUUAACUUAUUAACACACAUACACAUUCACACACUUAUAGCCGCAAUAAACCAGCAGGUAAUAGUUGUUUUAGACGAGCCAAUGUAGCGAAACAGUUCUACAACAUAGUUUUUUUGUACACAGUAGGCAAAAUAUGCAAUAUUUGAUAGAGCGGCAACAUAUAGCUCAUAGUUGAAGCCAAGCAAACACUCACAUAUAUACACAUACGCAUGCAUAUAAUGAUUUUUAAGUAAGCAAACUAUAACAUUUAUAACACUUUCACGUUUAUUAUUACUUUGAAAAAGAUGAAAAUAAGCAGAAAAAUACGGCAACAUACAUACAUACAUAUAUAUUGCUAAUACAAAUUACUCUAAUUGUUCUUAACAGCAACUAUUAUUAUAUAAUAUGCAUUAUACCUAUUGAUAUUUCGUUUAUAUUACGUAAGUUUACAACGGCAUAAUUUUGUAAGCGGAAAACAAAUCUAAGUGAUUAAUGUAACAAUGUACUUUAAAGCAAAAGAAUAGCAAGAAAAUAGAAAACGCAAGCAUAAUUUGCAAAACUAAAAAUAUGUUGGUGUAAGGCACACAGUUUGUAGCCUAGCGCUGCAUAUAUUUAACUAAACUAACUAAAUUAGUUAUUAAAAGCAAAAGAAGAAGAAAAGAAUUUGUUGCUUUAACAUUAAGCGUUUGUGUAUUAGACUACAUACAGCAGCGAUACCUUAUAUGUGAAGGGUAUAAAGAAAAAACUCCUUGCUAAAAUAAUAUGAAAACUUCACUGGGCAAAACAUUUUAAUAAAACGUGCUUAAUAAUUGUGAAAAAAUAUAUUUAUACGGUAAUAAUGCAGAAUUUUUCAAUAACUGAGCUGAACAGUGAUUUAAGUCUAAAAAUUUAAUUUAAAAAAAAAAAAUUUAAUUUAAGUCAUCUAAAAACUGAUUUAAUUCACUAAAACUCAUUUACGUCACUUAAACUGUAUGCGCACGCGUGCAGAAAUCUUUACAAAAACGCGUCAAGCACGCGUAAUUUUGAAAUAAAAUUUGUAAAAAUAGUUUUUUAGCACACAAUAAAGUGCUUUUUGGGUUUCAAUUAAGUUGUACUGAAUGAACUUGCAUAUUUUUUAUUUCGCGCUAAUAAAUUUUUAAAGAAAAACUCAAAUUGCUGAACAAAAAUUUAAAUUUUUAAACGAAAAUGCAAAUUUCUAAACAAAAAUUUAAAUUUCUAAACAAAAACUUUGCAAUUCUUAAAAAAAAUUAAUUUUUUUUCUAAACAAAAAUUCAAUUUUACAAAAAUAAAAUUUUACAAAAAUUAAUUUUUUUUUAACAAAAAUUUAAAUUUCUAAACAAAAAUUUGAAAUUCUAAGAAAAAAAAAUUGUCCAGACGAAUUUCUAUUUUUUUUUUUUAAUUUUUGCUAAUUUGCUAACAAAUUUAGUUUCAAAUUUCUGAAAAAAAAACAUUGUCCAAACGAAUUUCUAAAAAAAAAAUUGUUUUUGUUUCGGCAAUUGUAAAAUACAUAAGCAUUGCGCUGAUUUUUUUUAUUGUAAACUGAUUUUUUAUAUUAAUUUAAGUUUAAGCUCAAUUUUUACAGCAAUUGCGCUGCUUAUAAACAGCACAUUUGAUUUUCAUUGCAUAUAUUGUAUUAUGAGUAUAUAAUUUUUUCCUUACUUCGACUCAAAAAAUAAUAAUAUUCCUCUUGUUCUUUAUUGGCGCAUUGUAAUAAAAAUAAUAAUAAUAACAUUACAAGCAAUAUAAAUAAUAAUAUUUUAAUAUUUAAUAUAGUUUAACACAAAAUGUACGAACAUAAUUCAACAGCAACGCCUGUGUCAAAGCAUUACUUUACCAAUAUAAUUUUAAUUUAUUAAAAAAAAAUACUUCACAACUGCUAAAAGUUAAUUUUUUUAAUUUUUCGUUUUGCUUUAAAAUUGCCAAAACUUAAUAUUUUUUACCACUACGCACCACGUACAUGCUAAGGUGCAGUUUCAUGCAUUUCAAUUUGCUAAUUAAACAAGCCGCCGCAUAUUUAACAUUAACAUUUUGUUUUCAAUAAAAGAAUGACUAAAAUAAUAUUCAAUGCAAGUUUAAAUAAGAAAUUUUAGCAGUUAAGUUGGUCUACAACAACAACAAGGCAUAUGCGAAAAUGAAUUAAUUGUGCAGGUUUUUUUUUAGGUUAGAACUAAAACCUUCAAUGAUCUUUUUUAAGUACGAACUCAAUAUAAAUUUUGUUAUACAAUUUUGUUUUACAUACCUUAUAAGCGGAAAAUUGAGUUUUCAUGUUUAUGAAAAAUACUUUUAAUUUUUUUUUAUUGAAUGCCACAUAAAACAAUUUCGAAAUAAGCAAUUGCAAUUGUUUAAACAAUUAAAUUACUUUUUGAACUAAUAAAAACUGUACACUUACAUGAUCUGUUUUUAAGUAUAAAAAUUCUCUUAAUUCGUUAAACCUCAAUGAAAACAACAACAACUAGAAUUGCGUGCAUGCAUAGUAAUGAAAAUAAAUUAAAUUGCAAAUAUUUUAAACUUAAUUUUAAAUCAAAUUGUAACUCAAGCAGUUGACUUUGCUUUUUCGCAACAUUUUGAUAUAGCAUUUUAUCAAAACACACCGAACUCAAACACCAACAUUUAUAAGCAGUUACUUUUUUGCAUGAACACUGCAACACUUUGCAGUUAUUGCCGCAAUAACUGUUUUUUUUUUGGCAUAGAGUUUUCUUUUUUACCCUAAAAAUUUUGUAUGUACGCCUGUGGUUAAAAAACAAAAAAAUGUUUGCAAAAAAGCUAACAAAACAAAAUACUGAUAAAUGUUAUGUUUAUGUAAUAAAGAAAUACGUACAUACAUGAGAAUAAACGCACUUCAUUUUAUUAAUUGCUUACAGCGUUAUUUUCCAAUGCAGAUUUGCUUGCUAGAUCUUUUUGGUAAGCGUUGUUGCGCACAAGUGAUAUUACAAAGCUUGUGCUUGUAUGUGCACAGUAGCAAAAAUGUAGUUUUUUGGGUGUUUUAGUGGCCACACCAGCUCAACUAAGCGUUUAUGUAACAUUUUCGUACAUAUGUCACUUAUGUUUAUAUAUAUGUAUUAGUGUAUAUGAAUUAUGAAUUUGCUUUAUUUUGUUGUAAGCAUUAUAUUUACAUACACAUAACUGUUUAUAUGCGCAACUGUCGUUUGAUUUUUACAUAAUUCUAAAAUGUGGACUUCUUGCCUACAUUUAUAUAUACACAAUACCUACAAUGGAUCCAUAUACGAGUAAUAGUAAAGCUGUUUAGUUUAGUUUUGGAAUUAUACACUUGAUUUACUGUCAAGCGCUUGACUUAUAUCGAGCCUUUACUCUGCUUUUACGCAAAGAUACGUAAAGAAAUGUACGAAAUGCUAUAUUAUAUUAAUAACACUAAUCUAUGUUAAACAUCAUACGCGUUUACUUAUGAAAUAUGCAUAAAUAAUUUUAGUUUGUA